CGCAAACACCAAGGCGCAUCUGCAACAAGUACUCGAUUGCUUGCGCUUCUGUCGAACGCGUGGCUUACCUGCAGUUUUUUCAUAGCCUCUUCUCUUCUAAACCUUCUUUAAUGGACUAGCAACCCCGCCGAGGCUGGUCUUACGCGGUUGCCUCACCCGUUCUCGCGAGCUUGCAGAGGCGCAAAAUGUCCAACCCCGCAGCAGACCCGAAGUCUGCGCCGCUUGCCGACGACUUGAGGGGCUUUGCCAUUUCUCUCCCGGCCACCGUAUUCCCCAAGAAUUUCUUCUGCGCCCUCUGCAGCCAGCUUGCCGUCGACGCAUGGAAGCUGCUCUGCUGUAACAAGGUCAUCUGCUCAUCAUGCCAAGCGAAUCUUCAAUUCCCCACGACAUGUCCAUCAUGCGACCACUCCCCGCUCGAGGCCGACUCGUGCGCGCCGAAUAAGGCCCUCCGCAACACGAUGCGAGUAUGGCUGGAGAAGCGGAAGAAGAAGGAGGAAGCUAAGGCUGCGGCACAAGUAACAACUCCACCAGUGGAGGGGACACCGGCCGCGCCCGAGGUGCAGCCUGCCGGCCCGGUGGCAGACAAGCCUGUCGAGAGCGUAGAUGAGGUUUCAACGACAGAGCCUGUUCCUGUUGAACAUAGUUCUAUCGCUGUGGACAGUGCUGCAGUUGUUACAGAGCGUGCAGUUUCUGCCUCAGCACCACCGAACGAUGUAGGCUUGCAGUUCCCCGCUUUUUCCUCCCACAUAGGCAAAUUGGAGUCCUGCAAGCAGGAGGCAGGAGACGGACGUGCACGUCUUAGAAGAAUGAACACGAUCAACGUCGCACGUGCUAGUGACUUUGGAGCGCAUCUCAUCUCGUGUUACACUGUUGCUAAUCCUGUCCAGGACAUAAUCUCUCCUCAAGUUGAUUCUGAGCGACGUGGCAGCAAUGCAUCGCAGAGCGUGGCUAAGAGCAUAGAGCCGUCAGCGACAGGUGGUUCUAUCGAUGAACACACUGCGAACGGAGCAAAUGGCGGUAUGAUGGGUAGCAACCCCAUGGCAAAUGGCGUGCAAGGCCAGAUGGGCUUCGGGUUUCCUAACCAGGCUGGCUUUAAUAAUGGCAUGGGCUGGAAUGGCAUGAACCAGAUGAAUGGCAUGCCCAACAUGAUGGCCAACGGCAACUGGAACGAUUUCAAUAAUAUGAACGGCAUGUCCACCGGCAUGUACGGCAACUUCGGUGGAAAUAUGGGCAUGAGCAUGAACGACAUGUCUGCCAUGAACAUGAUGAAUUACAGUGGUGGCUAUGGCAAUGGGUGGAAUGGAAUGGGCGGUGGCUAUGGAAACUUCAACGGGCACAACCAGAUGGGUGGCUAUAAUCAAUCUGGAGCAUAUCCCGAGAUGAUGAACCAAUUCCCCAAGAAUAAUUUCCCAAACCAGAACCAGAAUCGUUUCCAUGCCAAUCAAGGAGGAGCAUAUCCUCAGCGAAACAAUAGGAAUGGCAGUCAAGGAGGCUUUGGUCCUGGUGUUCAGAACGCGAACAGCCCUCCUGGAAGCCGCAGUGGUCCCGCGCACAACGUACGUCAACUUCAUCAUCAUAUUCCGCCGAGACCGUCUCCUUCGGUCGGCAAUAUUUCGAGUCUAGCAACUGACAAGUGUCUUUCCAAACAGCGUGACGGCCAGUCGCCUGACGGAACCGCUAACACUGCUCCUGAGGUCAAGGCCGAGGGUGAGCAGACGAAGACAUCCGCAGAGUCCACUGAGGAAGGUAAGUAUCUUAUUGAUGGUGCGUCGGACUCCGUCGACCCGCAAGCUACGCAGGAGGCUUCGGCUAGUGGUACCGGUGAAAAUUCCAAUGAAGCUACUACCCAGGCAGGAGUCGACUUGAAUGAGACCACGCAGGAUGGUGGUCUGAAGAAGAUUCAGACUGUCGACUCAGUUGAUACGGAUUUGGAGGGCUACGACCAGUCGAUGAUGGGUAAUGGCAUGCAAUCCAAUAUGCCGUAUCCUCAAGGCAUGAUAAACCAUUUUGCCAACCAGCCAAUGAACGCAUCUUUCGAUCCCAGCAUGAGCAUGAACAUGAACAUGGGAUUUGAUCGGAACAACAACUUUGGUCCACGUGGCGGCUUCAACAAUGGAGCAUAUGGGGUUGCUAGGGUCCUGACAGGCCAACCCACUGAACCUAUUGGCGUAGGCGUCGCCGGUGCACCAACAGGACCGCGAGCGAUGCGGGAAGGCCGACCUAACACUGGCUUUUCAAGUCGGGUGAACAGUGGACGGUAUAACCCACCACCCAAGAGUGUUACACCUGCUCAGGAUGCUGCGCCGCCUCCCGGUAGUCCACAGCGGAGGGUUCGUUCACGAUCUCCACAGCGGGACGAAAGCCUACGUGUCAAAGAGAGGUCACCGACACGCUCACGGUCUCGAUCGAAAUCACGUGGAGGGGAAGACGACAGGGACGAACGUCGAGAGCGAUCACAGUCACCAGAUCGCGAGUCACGACGCGAAGGUCGUGACCGGUCGCCUACACCACAGGCUGAUGAUGAUUACGAGCGUCGAAAAGAGCGACGGCAUCACCGCUCAUCUCGCCACGGCGACCGCGAUGAAGACUUUGAUGAUCGUCACCGGGAUGAUAGGGCGAGUCGAGGUGACCGGACGCGAACUGCAUCCGUGGAGUCGAAAUAUCGCAGUGGCCGUCGUGAGAAGGAAAAGCACCGAUCAUCACGCUCGCAUCGAGACCGCAGCAAAGAGCAUCGCCGUCGCCACCGCUCACGUUCUCCUGCAGAAGACAAGUACGAGGAUGAAGAAGCCCAAACGAACGGCGAGAAGGACUCAGACGGCAGCUCUCGUCGCAAACAUAGGAGCGGCGACAAAGACAAACACCGCGAGCGAUCACGAGACCGAGACCGUGAGCGAGAUCGAAAAGACCGCAAGGAGCGCGACCGCGAGUACGAAUAUGAGCGAUCAAGAGACAAAGACCGCGAUCGCAAACGCCGUCGCGACCGCGAAGCAGACGACGAUGAACGCGAGCAUGACGACGACAAAUACCGCUCCUCCCGCCGCAGCCGCAAAGACCGGGACCGCGAGCGAGACCGGGACCGCGAUCAUGACGAUCGUGAGCGCAAGGAGAAGAAGUCCCAGCUAGACAAAGAGGAUGAUAUCGUAGGCCAAAUGAUGAAGAAGCGACCCGUUUCACCACCUCUCAAUGCACCUACAGGUCCCUCGGCGAACGGCUUUUCUAUCAAGGGUCGAAGUAAGAACGUCGUUAUGCCGCCGCCGUCUCAACCUCCUACCGGCCCACGGGCGCUUCAGCCGCCCAAGGGCCCAGCCGCGGACCGCAACAAGGAGCGCAGCGAUUCUCUUUCCCAUCGACGCAAGUCUAGUGUCUCCUCCAUUCCUAGCGGGCCAAGUACACCCGCCGCAUUGUCCGUCCAAGAUCACUAUGCCGCAGAACGGGAGAGGAAUGCCCGGGAGCGAGACAGCCGCGAUAAAGUUGACAAAAGUAAUCGUGAUGUUCUCACAAAGAGUGUACACUCACGAGCCCACUCUUCAUCGCGCCCUUCACUGGCCUCCAAGCGAAGUCGGGACGAUAUUGAAGACACUGAAGGUAACGAGGUUCCACGCAGCGAAAUACCUCGGGGUCCUAAGGCCGACGUGAAGGCGCCCACAGGCCCCGCAAGUCACCGGGACAAGCGGCGCAAGAGCGGUGCGAUAGGUGACGAUAACAUUGCGAAUCUCUUCACUGCCGGGCUGCGGAAGAAUGCAAAAGCUAGACGGGGUGGUGUGAGAACGGAGGGUGAGGUAGACAGGGAGAUGGAGCGUGUGGAGCGGGAGCGGGAGCGGGAAAGAAGAUAGGAUGUCUUUCUUUCAAGGUGAAAAAGGGUAUAUGUAAUGGCUAAGCGGAAGGCGACAGUGGAUGGCAUUUUGAUCAUUUGCAUAUGCUUGGACAUGAAUACGGGGCGGAUCUUUGGGUGAUCUCUACUUCUUGUAAUAUAUCCUUCCACCGAUAGGCACCUGUACCUAGCCUAGGCGUAGGCCUAAUGAGAUAUAUUUCCAGGGUUCAC